AUGCCACCUCUUCGAUCAAAGAAAUCAAAGCAGAGUAGAGCUCGUAUAAAACGUAUAAUGCAAUUGGACGAGGAAGUGGGUAAACUCGCUUCUGCAACUCCAGUCCUGAUAUCCAAAUCGUUGGAAUGUUUCUUGCAGCAGCUCAUAGAUGAGACUUGUAAAGAGACUAGAUCGAGGGGAUCAAAGAAGAUGACAGCUUAUCAUCUAAAACACAUGAUCAACUCCAACCCUACAUUCGAUUUCCUCCGUGAAAUAGUCGAGUCCAUACCUGAUCCAAUCGUCGCAGAACCUAAAGCAGGUCCAUCUAAACCUCGUAAAGUUUCCAACCCCAAUCCGAGUUCAAAUGAUCCUCUUGGAGGAGGAGGUCCAGUGAAAAGGAGAACGAAGAAAGAAAAAGAUGAUAAUGGCCAUGGUGGACAACAAGAAGGAUUCGGAUUUGCACAACCUCCUGCACCUGCACCCAACCCCAAUAGUCUGCCGAAUAUCGGUACGUGGAAGAGAGAUUUCACGGGAACGGGUGGGACGGGGGAGAAUGGGAGAGGGAUAUUUGAUGAUUAUGAAGAGGAUGAGGAUGAUUAUUAG